UUAAUUUUUGGUCUUUUUUUUUUUGAGAGAAAAAAAAAAUAAUUUCUUGCACGUUUUUGAGAAAAAAAAAGAAGGGAAAAAAUGUUUCUUUAUAAUUUAUUGGCUCGUCAACGACAAACGUGUACGGGACAAAUGAGAACGCGGGUGUUGAAGACCGUUCAGCAAUUAAAUUGAAGGAAGAAGCUUCAAGACCUCCUCCCCCAAAAGCCCCUUAAUUGAACCAAAAAGCGGAUGAUUGUUUGUAAUUUUUUUUUGGUUCAUCAGGCUUGUCUGUCUCCGUUUUGGUCGCUAGUUUUCUUGGUUUUUGUUUUGUUCUCGGGCGAAUUUUCUGUUUUGUUAUCCGGUGCAUCCGAGAGUGCAUCGUAACGGUUUUUGGCAGUUCUCCCUUAUCGUCGAAUUUCGCCCCCGUCUUCUAAGACAACUUCGAUGAAUAAAAAGAAGUGAUUUGAAAUUGUUUUUGUGGGGUAGGUAUCUUCUACCCUUUUUUUUACGGUCGACAAAACGGGUAUCAUUACCUUUAUAGUGUUUUAAGUGCGCGUACUCUUAAUUUUUUUGUUGAAUUGAAAUAAAUUUUGUGUGAGAAUCCAGUGCAAGGUUAAAUAUCUCACAAAAAACAACAACAACAAAAAAAAAAAUACAAAAAAAAAGUAAAAUCUGAAAAAAAAAAGUUUUUUAGCUUACAAUUUCGCAUUGUAUAUGAUGGAUUACUGAGCGAGAGCUACCCCCGUUUUCACCCUUCAUCAUCAUUCUACUGCCAUUGGGCUAUAAAGAACCGAAGAACCUAAGCGCAAAACACACGGCUGUUCGGAGUAAGGAUUGGAUACAAAACUAGAGCUGCAAGGGAUAGAAUGAGGGAUUUUACAACAUAAUGAGAGUAAGUGAACUGACCUUUUAAGAUAAUGUUCACCUUGGGCUGGUGCCAAUUUCAGCAUCAUGACGGGACUUUCGUUGUUAUUGCCGCCACCGCUGUCGUUGUCGUCUUCACUGUCAUCUUCGUCGUCUAGGUUGUUGUCAUUGCAACCGCCGCCGCACAUACCGGUGACAGUGAAUUUAAAUUACCCAUUGUCGUUAUUGUUGUCGGUGCGCAGCGCCACCUAUCAGUCGUCAUUAAUACCAAUACCAGGCAUAGAAACAAAACUACAAGAAUCGUUUAGCAUAGCAUCAACAAAAACAAAAACUAAUAUUAAAAGUGGAAUCUGGAGGCGAUCGGCGGCCGAUCGCUGUUUAAACAAACAGAUACGCAAAGCAAACAUCUGUCGGAUAUAAAUCAAAUUAAUUUUGUCAUCGUGUCCCAAAACGCAACAAGAAAAAAAAAAGAAACCGAACAAAAAAAAAUUCAAACGUUUCCGAACGUUCGUUCUAAAGAUAGAUAAGUUAGAGAUACUCAAGUGAAAAAUCUUCCUGCCGAAACGAAAAAAAAAAAAACCCGCAUCACUCACGCAAAAAAGCUUCAAAUACAAACAAAAGCAAAGCAAACAAACAAAACAAACGAUACAAGACAAUCCCAGACUGUGUCCUUUGAGCAACAAUUUUUUUUUUUAGUUUUAUUUUCUUAAAUUUUCCUUUUUUUUUUUGUUUAAGUUUAAAAUAAUUUUAUUUUUUAAUUUUUUUUUUUUGAAAACGAAUGAGUCUGAACCAUAAUCAAACAUCAGCAACAACAAUGUCGCCCUCCUUUAAUCGAUCGUCGUCGUCAAUAUACGGAUCGGUGGGUCCGCCACCGACCGGAGGCUCUCUGGCUGAGCAUCUGGCGAGCACACUGGCGCCCAACGCCAACCCCACCACCGACUUUAAUGUAACGCAGAGCGUGGCGGACGGCAGCGACGACAACGAAUGGAUCGAUAGCGUCAUGCUGACGUUUAAGGCAUCUUUGAUGUUAUUUAUAAUGGUUGCCGCUAUUUUUGGCAAUUUACUUGUAAUUAUUUCUGUGAUGCGAAAUAGAAAAUUAAGAAUCAUUACAAAUUAUUUUGUAGUCUCCUUAGCAAUGGCCGAUAUUAUGGUUGCAAUAAUGGCCAUGACAUUUAAUUUUAGUGUUCAAGUAACGGGAAGAUGGAACUUUAGCACUUUCCUUUGCGAUUUAUGGAACAGUUUAGACGUGUACUUCUCCACCGCUAGUAUAUUACAUUUAUGCUGCAUAUCCGUAGACAGAUAUUAUGCCAUUGUGAAACCACUUAAAUAUCCCAUAAGCAUGACAAAGCGGGUUGUCGCCAUUAUGAUACUUAAUACCUGGAUAUCGCCGGCACUGUUAUCAUUUCUGCCCAUAUUUGCCAACUGGUAUACCACCGACGAACACAUUGAGUAUGUGAAGCACAACCCCCAAGACUGUAGGUUCGUUGUGAACGAUGUGUAUGCCAUUGUGUCAAGCUCGAUAUCCUUUUGGAUUCCCUGCACCAUCAUGAUAUUCACAUAUGCCGCCAUCUUCCGGGAGGCCAAUCGCCAGGAAAAACAAAUGCUAAUGCGACACGGCAAUGCCAUGCUAAUGCACCGGCAUUCCAAUAUUGCUGGUCCUGGCGGUGGAGGAACCAACGGUGAGAAAGAGAGAGAAGCUCUAAGUGGAUCCGGUUCAUCGAAAACCCUCACUUUGAACGAAGUCGAACAAGAUCACACUCCAACCAAGGACAAGCACUUAAUCAAAAUGAAACGAGAACACAAGGCUGCAAGAACUUUAGGUAUAAUCAUGGGCACUUUCAUUUUGUGCUGGCUUCCAUUCUUUAUAUGGUACAUUGUAACAUCACUCUGUUCUUCCUGUAAGUUCCCAGACAUUUUUGUUGCCAUCGUCUUUUGGAUUGGGUAUUUCAAUUCAACAUUAAAUCCUUUAAUCUAUGCAUAUUUUAAUCGUGAUUUCCGGGAGGCAUUCCGCAAUACAUUAAAUUGUAUAUUCUGCUCAUGGUCUAGGAAUCAGCGUCUUCCAUUGGACAUUGAUAUCCGACGAGCUAGUUUGCGCUAUGACAAUCGUGCAAAAAGUGUCUAUUCAGAAAGUUAUUUAAAUUCAACGCACGCCCAAAGAAGAACAAGUCAACUAGUCGAGAGUUUAUAAUAAUGUUAAAAUUAAAAAUUAAUUUUUUAAUAAUCAUUAUAUUAUUUAUAAACAAAAAAAAUCAUCAAUUUAAAAAAUAUCUUUGUUUCCUUUUUUUGUUUAAUUUCUUAGGAAGAAAAAAAAACCAAAC